UGAUGGGGAAAGUGAUGAGGGAGGAAAGGAAACCAAACGAGGACAGUCACUUUUUUUCCCGUCUUGAAUGUGGGAGGAAUGAGACAAGGAAGGGGCGAGGAAGGAGAGGGGUGAAGGAGAAGGGGUGAGGGCCAAUCCAAGGCAGUGAUGGGUAAUGAAGAGGAAAGAAGGGGUGAGGGACAGGCUGUGAAUGGGAGCUAGAAACAGGUGUUCACAGGCACUGUUGUCCUGAUUAGCUAACCAGUUCUCUGAAGAUGUUACUCGGUUGUUUAGCUGUUGUUCACCAACCUGCAGAGGUGAAGGUGAAUAGCAAUUUGCCGUGGUGUGGCCUAACCAACAACGACCCAUCCAUCCAUCUUGCACGACACAUCGUUUUCACACGACCCAUCCAUCAUCCCGCACGCCCACACACCCCGGCGGGCGCUGCCGGCACGUCACGAAGGGGUGGUCUGGAUACUCUAAACACCUUGAGGGGACGUCUAGAGAACAAAGACCUUCUGACAAUGCACGUAAGCUUUACCGCUUCAUCGCCUUGUGUGAGCGUAAAACCCUUCGGUAUGGAGUAUCGUGAAGACUCAGCAUCCUUCUCUGCCCUUCAUCGGCCUUCCGGUCCAGACGCACUGUACCGGUACCAGAGGUCAGCUCUGCUGCCCCGGCCUAGCGAAACUUGCUCGCCCGAGAACUCGUCCUGGGUGUGGGGAGUGGUCCUCGGGACCUUGGCUCACUCCAAAAGUAGGAUGGACAAAAACGGCUCAAGACGCCUAAGGAUUCCUGGGCAGGCGAGCGAGUAUAUAAGAAGCCGCGAGGAGCCUCAGUCACCAUCCACGAAAGAGACUUCACUCAUCCAACAUGAAGCUGCUGGUCGUCCUCUCCCUGGCCGCCGUCGCCCUCGCCAGCCCCCAGUUUGGUUCAGGCAGGCGCUUCCCAGUCCCCCAACCCCGCUCUGACCAUAAGCACAUCGCCAUCUUAAGCGACAACCGCUACGAUAAUGGAGACGGAAACUUCGGAUACGACUUCGAGACCGAGCACGGCAUCGAUGUGGAGGCCAAGGGCACACCUGGCUCCAAGGGACAGAGCAACAUCGGCGGCUCGUACAAGUUCAUCCUCCCUGACGGCACCCAGGCUGUAGUCACCUACAUUGCGGACGAAAAUGGUUACCGCGCAGAGUCCCCGCUCAACCCCACGCCCCACCCCCUCCCCGCCCACGCCAUCGAGCAGAUCCGUUUCGCCGAGCAGCAGGCCAGGUCUCCAAGCCCAAGGAGGCCCUUCUAAAAUCCCCAUUUUAUCUCACCCACACCGCCGAACACCUUCACGCACCCUCCAACAGCUCUGGGCCCCACAUGUGACGCAACCAAUCGCCUCUUGUUUCCUUGUAGUGACUAAUAAAUGGCAUCAUCACCAAA